CAUUACCAAAGAUUAAUAAAUCCUGUAUAAGUGUAGUUCAUUAUUAGUUCAUGUUAACUAAUGUAGUUAACUAAUGUUAACUAAUUAACCUAAAGUGUUACCAUUACAGUUUAUCAGUUUACUAUAGUUAAUACUACAAUUUAUACGGUAUAUUAUAAUAUAUACAGAAUACUACAAUUUACUAUAGUAUGGUUCAAAAACACUGUUGUAUUUACUGUGGGUGUGCCAAUAUAUGCAUUAGAAAAUGUUAUUAGUUUUUAUUUUUUUUACAUAGGAGGACUUGAAUGCACCAUAUGGUUCUAAUAUGCAUCCACACUUUAGCAUGAUAGGCCUAUUGCCCUAAGGCAAAAAAAAAAAAAAACAGUUUAACAAUUCUACUGUUGCUAUAUUAACAUAGCCAAAAGACACUGCCAAGAAAUGCUCAACUACAUUGAUUUGUUCCACAAUAUUUUUCAGAUAUGACCAAAACAGGCAAAUCCUCCGCCUAUUGGAAUGACGUCUGCUAUAGGUAUGCCCAGGGCACCUUCCAGUUCAGUACAGGCAAAAGGCCUGGAAGCAGAAAAUGGAAGGAGGCCCUGGAGCGGAUUGAUGCCUGUCCCCUGCAAAGGGGGAAUAAGGUGGACCUGUUUGGCAGGCAUAUAGUGUGCACUUGUGGGUUCCAUAAGUCAACAGAUAAGGCAGGGCCUAAUGUAGUGGCAGGCAGCAGCUCAGAGGAGGCAGGGACAUCACAGGGAGAACAGGGGGUGAAGUGUUCUCUGUGUAGUGUGGUUGUGGAGGCAGAGAAGUUCUCCGAGCACCUCUCUGACCACCACGCUGAAGAGAGGUGUGACACCUGUGGGGCCAGGGUCCAGGGUGCUGUUGGACUCCUCCAACACAUUGAGUCCAACCAUUAUGGGGCCCUGUUGGCUCCACGUGUCAGCCCAUCAAAAAGUCCCACACCAUCUCCACAGCUGGCGCCACCUCCGCAGCACUUGCCGUCUCCACUGCCAGCAUCAGUGUCUCCAUCCCCGCAGCCCACUCCAUCCCCACGCCACUCUCCAGCUCUACAGCCCUCACCACCACCACCACCACGGCCCACUCCGUCCCUGCAGCCCACUCCAUCCUCACAUCCAGCACCCUCACUGCCCACACCACCUCUGCCUCAGGCUGUUACUGAUUGGGAAAGCUUUCUUCCUAGUCAGUUCAAGAGAGUCCUCCAGCCAGCAGAUUGGGUGUGGAUUGCCAAGUGCCUCUAUGAGCCCACAGGACAGCUGAGGCAGAAGAUCCAGGAGAACUGGUUUUAUCCACCGAUGCAGCCCAAGCCGUCUCCUCCUGAGCCCGGGUGGUACUUCCGACAGAGGAUGUUCUUGUGGGCACCAAUGAGGAUGUGGGGCAUUCCUCUUAAUUGA